AUGUUGACUGUCCAUAAAAUGCAGUUUAGCAUCUUCUUGCUGUUGUGGGGAUGGGUUUUGUCUACUGAAUGCAGAGCUCACCGGCAAGGAAAAGAAAUACAUGAGGUAUAUAAGAAGGGCAGUCAACCGCAAAGACAGAGACGGGAAACACAUGGAGAAACACACAAGCAAGGCAGCCCAAUACUAAAACGAAGCCCUGACAUCACCAAAUCACCGCUAACCAAGUCAGAACAACUUCUGAGAAUAGAUGACCAUGAUUUCAGCAUGAGACCAGGUUUUGGAGGCCCUGCAAUUCCUGUGGGAGUAGAUGUACAAGUUGAGAGUCUGGAUAGUAUUUCAGAGGUGGAUAUGGACUUCACCAUGACCCUUUAUCUGAGACACUACUGGAAAGAUGAAAGACUGUCCUUCCCAAGCACCAACAACCAAAGCAUGACAUUUGAUGGCAGGCUAGUGAAAAAAAUUUGGGUUCCUGACAUGUUCUUUGUACAUUCCAAGCGUUCCUUUAUCCAUGACACCACCACUGACAACGUCAUGCUACGGGUCCAGCCAGAUGGGAAGGUACUUUAUAGCCUCAGGGUCACAGUAACUGCAAUGUGCAACAUGGAUUUCAGUCGCUUCCCCCUGGACACACAGACGUGUUCACUGGAAAUUGAAAGUUAUGCCUACACUGAAGAUGAUCUAAUGCUGUACUGGAAGAAUGGGAAUGAUUCCCUAAAAACAGAUGAGAGGAUAUCGCUAUCCCAGUUCCUUAUACAGGAGUUUCACACCACCACAAAGCUUGCCUUUUACAGCAGUACAGGGUGGUACAAUCGCCUGUACAUUAACUUCACUUUACGCCGCCACAUCUUCUUCUUCUUGCUGCAAACCUAUUUCCCUGCCACUUUGAUGGUCAUGCUGUCCUGGGUGUCUUUCUGGAUUGAUCGCAGAGCUGUACCUGCCAGGGUCCCUUUAGGAAUAACUACGGUACUGACCAUGUCUACAAUCAUUACUGGUGUAAACGCCUCCAUGCCUCGAGUUUCCUACAUCAAAGCUGUGGACAUUUACCUCUGGGUCAGUUUUGUGUUCGUCUUUCUCUCAGUGUUGGAAUAUGCGGCAGUGAACUACCUGACAACGGUGCAAGAGCGGAAGGAGAGGAAACUGCGAGACAAACUUCCUUGUACUUGCGGACUACCUCAGCCCCGGCCCAUGAUGAUGGACGGCAGCUACAGCGAUGGAGAUGUGAAUGAACUGGGACACUAUGUGUCUGAGAAUGGAGAUAAACAAGACAGAAUGAUGAUGCAGCUGACACUUGGUUCUGAAAGGAGUUCAAGCAGGAGGAAAAGCCAGAGAUAUGUCAGCAUGCGCAUCGACACCCAUGCCAUUGACAAAGAAACAGACGUACAAAGAGAAUGAUAAAAGAACAGUUUCCCUCAGAGAUUUGCACUGCAAUAUCCUGCCAUUCCUGGUAAGUAGCAUGCAUUCUAAAUACCAAGAAAAAUGUUACACCUGGGCCAAACUCAGCCACUGUAUAAAUUCCCCUUAGCAAUGAUUUCAGUGAGAAUAGUCUGUUAUUUCUGCAAGCAGAAAAGGAUGAGUCUCAAAUGGAAAAACAACAGAGCAAUCAUAAGGAUUUUAUAUCUGGGCCACUGUCUAAGUUACUAAGACUAAUGCUCUGAAACUUACCUGCAAAGGCGUUUCCAUCAUAAAAGGCCAAAUCCAGCGAGAUACUGAGCAUCUCUAGCUAGCUGGGUUUUCAUACUACCUAUUCCAUAGUAUCCAAAUUCCUCCUGUGAUGCACACUGAAGGUGCUCACCACCCCACAGGACAGGAUUGGAGAAGCACUCGAUAAGGGGAAUUGAGGGCACUCAGCAUCUAGUUAGAUCACCCCCAAAUUCAGUUAAGUAUGGUAUUCACGUGACAGAGUUUCUGCAACACAUGAACAAAACAUGUCAAAUCAACCUAAUUACCGUCUUUCACUGGGUUACUGGCCUAAUGGAAAAGGAGAAGCAGUGGAUGCAAUGUAUCCUGAUUUUAGUAAGGCUUUUGACACAGUCCCACAUUAUUCCCAUAA